AUGUCCAAGGAAUAUUCUACUUCUUUUUAUCGUGACGAAGAUCGUGACAAUGCAAACCUUCUUGGUGGUACAAAAACUAGACCUCCUUCGAAAUCCCGCUUCGUUCGCUGGUUGCCGUGGCUGAGCCGUGGUGUGCUGAUGUUCACAACGAUAUUGUUCUUCACGCUAUGGGUACGGGCGCCUUCGAUAGAUGACGUGGUUGUGUACUCUCCAGCCAACGAGGCUAUUGAAUCCAUCGGCAUUAUAAGAUUCAACGGAAGUCUGGACGCUCCUUCCAUAUAUCGUGGCAGUCCGUCCCCAGAAAUAGACGCUGCUUGGGAUAGGGUAUCUCUUGGAGCACGCCAAGGUCGUUUGACGCUUGAGCAACUGCUCCGAACAGGGGAGAAACCUUCUCCCUCCAUGGUUAGGUACCCAGAUGAAUACGGCGGAGGUUACGUGGUAGCAGGAGAAGCCACUCACCAGCUCCAUUGCGUAAACAUGCUCCGCAGAGUUACCUGGGGUGACAGGGGCCAAUCCUCUGAUCACAAAAACCACGAAUCCCUUGAAAGCUUCCGCAUUCAUCUCGACCAUUGCAUCGAAAUGCUCAGGCAGAUACUCAUGUGUCAUGGUGACGUGACAAUGUUAACUUACGACUGGGUGGAGGGACACGAAGAUCCUUUUCCGAACUUCAAUGUUCGUCACCAAUGCAGAAACUUUGAGAAGGCCUUGGAUUGGAUGAAUGAACACCGUGUUUUUAUCCCUAAAUCCAAGAUGGUCCGCUUGGAGGGUAACGUUGACAUGCCUUCCACUCCUUGA